GCAGGUCCGCUCCGUCAGUCUGAGAGAAGAGGAGCAGCAGGAGGAGCAGGAGCAGCCACUCAUCCUCCUCUCUCCAACUCCACUGGAACAAGUCCGGGAUUCUGCGCCUUCGAUCUCCAUCGACUCUUUUUUUUUUUUCCCCUCCUGAUUUUGAUUCGUUUUCUUCACGCACUGAGAUGUUGGUGGAUGACGAGGACCCCCCGUCGACACUGACUUGUCACCUCUGAAGCUUCCACCCCGAUUUAUUUUGGGGGGGUGUCGCUCCUCUGUGAUGCAGAAGAAGGCGUGCAGUCUUUUGCGACCAUGAGGACCACGGUCGUUUGCGCCUCCGCGAGAAGGUCUCUUCAUGAAGGCAAACUUUGAGGACAGCGACUGUCGCUUUCCCACUCACCUGUCCUCCUCCGCACGCGUCCCCUCGUUCUUUCCAACUGGUGAAGUGACACAUCGGCUGGACAAUUCACCUGGCAACUUCACUAGAGACUUGACAUUUGUUGGAGUCCGCCAGCGCCGUCGGAGGAAUUUAAUGUGCGCCACGUCCGCGGAUAUUUCCUAAACCAUGUUCGCGUUAUUGACAGCUGGAGUAAGGUCUGUUACCUGAGUGUUUUCAUCCGCUGCUGUUCGGUGGAGACCCCCGUCUCGAUGGGAGGCUACCUGGACGACUGAGUCCGAUUCGGCUGUCACGGAAAAAUGUGGAUUAAACGCAGUCUGUCUGCGGUGAGGCCAGGCAUCCAUGUGGGGCACCGGAUGUGGCUCUUGCUGGCUAUGACCCACCUAACAAUGGACUUCUCUGUGUGCAGCCCACUCAGUCAAGGUCUUGGGGUCAAAGUAAUGCCUAAACCACUGCCUCGCUCGCGGCCUCGCUUGCAGCCCAUUUGGGACACGCCAAACAAACUCCACUGGAGAACAGUGAGCCCUCUGGCCCGUCGGCUCCUCAGCCCUAUCUCUUCUCCCCAAGACAUCCGGGCUGGGCUUGGCUCGAAGGUCAAGGGUCAGAAGUUUCGCAAGCCACCUCAUAAAGGACAGACGGCAUGUAAGGAGUGCCGGUGGAGAGUCUCUCAGGUGGAAAGCGGCGACGAAGGAGCUCCUAUAUCGAGUCGGAGCAAAGAAAACCCGGUGAGGUUGUUGCUCAGAGCCAGGAGGGAGUUCAAAUGGGACAGCUACGACAAGUCCCAGGAGGGUCGGACUACGACGGUGGCUGGAUUUAUUGACUGGGGUCCCACAGGAACAGACAGCAUCGAUGAUGAUGGAAAACCGGGGCCAAACACAACACUGUCUACGAGGGCCUCCACCACUACAGCGGCGACGACCGCGAGCACUACAAGACUUUUCCAGACGACGUCGACUGUAGUGACCACACCUGAGCCCAAGAGGAUAAGCACCACCACGAAAAGCUUCGGGGAGGCUGUCAAACCACCAAAGCCAUAUGGGGAAACCCCCGGUUUGGCAGUUCACCAGAUAAUCACAAUCACUGUGUCCCUCAUCAUGGUUAUCGCAGCCUUGAUCACAACACUCGUCCUUAAGAACUGCUGUGCGCAGUCUGGAAAUGGCCGCCACAAUAGCCAUCAGCGCAAGAUUCACCAGCAGGAAGAAAGCUGCCAAAACCUUACAGACUUUACCCCAGCUAGGGUGCCCAGCAAGGUGGACAUCUUCACUGCCUACAACGACAGCCUGCAGUGCUCCCACGAGUGCGUGCGGACUGCCGUGCCCAUCUACUCCGACGAAAUGAUCCAGCAGACGCCUGUCUACAAAACAUCAUACAACGGAAACAGGCUCUCCCCAACUGAAAGGCAACUCAUUCCUGUGGCCUUUGUGUCAGAGAAAUGGUUUGAGAUUUCCUGUUGACGGCAUGAAAGCUUUCUUCUCUUCCGUGGGAGAUACUGAGUGAAUUCAUAAUCUGGAUCCAGUCGGACACCAGACACACAACACUUCUUUUGUAAAAUCGCGUGCUCACUCUUUGGACGCUGGCGAAGAUCUUUAUUUUUCUAGAAUCGACACGCAAAGCAGCUAAGACGCUGCCAUUCCAUAUUCCCAAGAACUCCAGAUAAAGGUGACACGUCGGUACAUUCACAAGAGGAGCCGGGACGGUGAAGAUUUUCAGGGCGGAGAGAGACGGCGAGAUACUUACGGUUGGACGUCGUGGGCUCCCGGGGAAAACCGCCGUGGGUGGACGAGGAACUGUAUUUCUGAACAAUGUGCCAAUAAUGCCGCUAUGUGCCACAACUUGGAAAAACAGAACAGAUGGACAAACAGACAGUUUUACUCCAACUACAUAGUAUGUUGUGUUUUUUAAAGAAAUGUGACAGUUACAAAUUACAAAUGUAUUAUGUUUUUGAAAUAGUUUUAAGAGGAAAUGUAUCACAAACAAUUAUUUAUAUGAAGCGCUAUUCUAUAUCGGGGAAGAACCUUCGGGGAGAUGGAGGAAACGGAAAUGCUUUAUUUCAAAUUCUCUUUGGCUCCCACUUCAAGAUAAAAUCAGGAUAGUUGUUUCUAUUUUUUUACACUGAAACACCCCACGCUCUGGUUCGUGAAGAGGAAGAACCACCUGAAUGAAAGUUGGCUGAGUAUUUUCCCCAUGUAUUUUUUUGGUUUUAAUUCAGAGUAGACCUCGAGGGCAGGUGAAGUGAGGGCGAGUGCACGGAGCUGGACAGGACAUUUUUACUGCCUCAGGUCUGUCUAGCUCUGUUGCGCACGUUACUUGGGUUUCAACCCAGCAGCUUUGUGUUUGCUCCCCUGAGCUGAGAUUCAUUCAAGUCAACCAAUUUUUGCAUAUCCGAUUACUUUGCACAUUGUUAAGCUCCCGCCAAUAAUGUGUCACCGGAGAGCAGAGCAGGACUCGAUGUGUAAUCUGCUGCAGAAUUUGAGUCGAGUAAGAAUCGAAGUUUGACCUGCCAAGACUGCAGAUUUGUGUUCUCUUAGGGCCUGAUUUAUUAAAGCGGAAGGAGAAGAAUUGGCAGAGCUGUUUUUGGAUGCCGAGGUUUGUAGAAAGCAGAACAAUAUUAGGUCGAGGAGUGGAAGCCAAAAACGACACUUGUUUUUCUGCUUGUUGCAGUGCAUUAUGGGACAGUCACAGUUUUCCUGGCAACACAUUGACAGCUCAAAGGAUUUAUUUGGACUGCAAAAAUUGUAUUUCGUCGCUGCGUUAUUCAGGUGUUGUCGUCCAUGUUGCCAUGGAAACAGAGCCAACAGGAACAGGGUUUUUCAGCCAGUGAGUAGAAAAAAAUAUUCAAUUUCAAGUCAUCCACUUCCAAAGAACGGCUCGCGUUGUAUGAGGGGCAAAAAAAAAAAAGCGCAUACCAAAAACGUUUGUGACGCGCCUUUACUAAAUCAGGCCGGUCAAGUCGAACAUGUUGGAGUGAGAUCUGUGGAAGUGAGAAAACGUCCCGUGAAAAACGCCUCCCUCUUGGGUGAAUCUUCGCUUGUGCGAUGGAAACAGCCAUCUCUGGCUGCUGUGCUGUACGGUUAAACAAAGCACAAAAACGAAACGUUCCUGGCUGCAGACAGCAAUAUGUACAGAGCAAGAGUGGAUGAAAGUCAAUUCGGCCAGAAGCACAGGACCCUCCCUGUGAGACAAGUCUUUGUCAAUUCCUCCGUCAGAUGGUUGUGGAUUAACACUGUGGUACCAAACUGCUUUCGCCCAUUUAAAAACCAGACGGACCCACAUCAGCGUCAGGCUCUUUGACAUACCAUAUAUUUUUGUGAAUGAAGAGCGCAAUCGUCCUAGAGAGAGGGUUAUGAACACUUAAUGUAUAUUAUACACAUGUAAAUGUAUUUUCUAUAUAUUUGCUUCUAUUUGUGUAUAGGUGUGUUCUAUUUUUCGAGACCUUGCCCGUUUUCCGGGAAGGUUUUAAACUAGGUCUGGGAUAGUGUCUUUGUUUACAUGUGUAACUACGGUAUUUCUUUGGAAACACAAACCUUGUGCCAAGCUUCCUACCUGCACUUUGGAGCAGUGUGUGUGUGUUAUAUCUUUAGCGACAGUAUAAUACUUCAGUGGACGCUGCAAUAGUUUCUUGACCGGAGCGGGACUUUGAACUCGAAUGUCCGACGAGCAAGAUCACAUCCGGUUGUUGUGUCUGGCGGUCGGAGGGAAACCUGUUCUUCAUUUUUACAUCGAUGCUAUAAUUCAGUGUUUCCUUACAUUAAUAAUAAACAGUGUGUAUCGAACUGUAGCUGCCAAGAAGAACUUCAUUUGGUCCAGACCGGGAUUCAUUCAUUCAUUGCUCAGUAGUGUCUAAAAUACACACACAGAAUAUGAAUUGUAUAUGUUAGUAAAUACUUUCAGAUUCAAGUUGAUGCUGCGGAUGAAAAAUAUUCACAAUAACUCAACUGAGAAGCAUAUUCAUCAUAGAUUUCCCCAUUCAAUUCUAUAUGAUCUUAAAUAACACGUUCUCAUUUGAGAAGAUGUUGCCUUAUAAAAUCAUUUAGAUAUAGAUAUAUGUAGUUUCUUCGAGCUCAUAUGAGAUCAUUUAUUUUUCUUCCAGAACAUUCAUAGAGGUUUUAUCUAGAUAUUCAAAGUACGUUUCGUGCCGGUGGCUGUUGACAUGGACUGCAAUGACCUAUUUAUAUCCAUGUUUUCCUUGAACUCCGACCACAGUUGCUUGCUUCCUUAUUGUCUGUCUAAACACACAAUGCAGCCGCAGAUGAGUCUGUGUUUGUGCAUCUGAAACGCACAACUAGCUGGUGCUAUUAUUUGAGCUUUAUUUGCUUCACAAUACGCUCAGAUUUAUAUUGGCUGUAGUUCUUCGGCAAACACAGAUACACUUUUUACCUUGCUUGAGUUAUGAGGCUGUGGUGUAUGACAUGGAUUAAAAUGUCACCUUACACUUAUAAGUUACAAAUAUAUUUAUUUUAUUUUUAUUGACGCAAUUCCAUGCGAGUUCGCCCAUCCAUCUACGCAGCAUUAUUUUCCCUCCCACCUUGUUGCGAUGGACUCAUUCGCGACACCAAACGCAAAUAUUUCCGCUGAGGCUCGCGAUUCAGACAUGAUGGUUCUGAAUCUAUUCUUAAAUGUCCAAAUUCCAAACAGACAGAACAAAAAAGCGGAACUCACUAGUGCAGAGGACGUAAACAAACAUGGCUGACCACUAGAUCCGUCUCUCUCAACGCUAUGUCUGACACCCGACAUCCCACCCUGUGGAAAAUGCUAUAUCAGACGCUCUUCCAAAAGUCUGUCUGUCUCCAAGUAUCAUUCUGAUACUUCUAUAUAGAUGCAUUUAAAUUUUUUUUUUUCAAAAAUAUUUAUGAAAUUGAAAACAAAUAUAUUUGCCCGUAUAGUUAUAUUUAUGAAUGUACAUAUUUAUACAUAAUUCUGAAUCCACAUUUCCCUAUUCUAAAAUAUUCACCCGUGUUUUUUAUAUUUCCGUCGCAACUUUCCUGUGGUUCCACAAGCAGCAUUUGCAGUCCAUGUUGAUGAUCACAGUGAUAGAGAGGAAGGUGUUUUUCCACAUUGCAGAGCAAGCUAUUGUUGACGAAAGCCGCGAGCCCGACAGUGGGAGCCUGUCCACUUCCUGUCCCAGGGGCGCAUCUCGACAAAAACACACCAGGAAUGAGCAGUCGUGAACGCAAAGGGCACAUUAAUCUGCAAAAACAUCUUUUACCUCAGCAUAAAAUCCCACUGAUGUUCAGCGAAAACGCCUUGUUGCAUACUUGCCUGUUCAUUUUAUGUCUUUCUUCUUCGCCGAUAAGCUUCGCGUGUGCUAUUGCUGUUAUCAGGUAAACAGAUUUCUCAUUUAAGGGUCUUUUCACAGACACCAAAGACUCAACAUGCCUUUUCCACGCGCGGAAUGAGUACUUUGCAGAUCCUGUUUCUGUCUCCUCAGCAACCCGUGAACCCCUCAGCACAAACAAACUGUCAAUCACGCAGCUUUUGGUGUCAGGAUGAAGCGUCACGCGCUGAUCUGAGAAGGCUGUGAUUCAGAUUUGCAUGUCAGACAUGCCGAGUGCAGCACAUCGACAUAUGUGGUGUUUGAACGGACUAUUAGCUGCGGUGGGUUCUUAUUGACAUAGUUUAAUUGGGGAAAUCGCGUUCUCCAUCAGCUCAAACAGCCUGAUCGACAUCUUCAUUCCUCCUUCUUUUGAAAGUGAAGCCUUUAAAUGUGAGUUCUGUUGAUGGGAAAAACAGACGUUUACAAAGUGAGCCAGUUUGAGUCCAGAUUUUCAAGCUAGAACAAAAAAAAUAUUGCAUAAAAAAAGACACUCUCUCACUAUAAAAACAACCUCACUAGUAUAAACACAUGUUUAAACCCACAAAAUGGAUUCACAACAAAAAAAACAAAGCAUGUGUGUGGUGGGAAACUAGUGUGGGUGGAAAGGGUUUUUUUUUUUUUUUCAAAUCUAAUGUAAUGCCUUGUCGGUCAAGAGCAUUUUUUCACCAAUUUAAACAUGUUUUUUUUAUGGCUUUAUUGGAUUAUUUAUACUUAAACUCCACCACUUGGGGCAAGAGUUAAAGUAUAAAUAAUCCAAUGCUGCUGCAGCGGUGGUGAAGAGGGAGCUGAGUCACAAGACGAAGCUCUGGAUUUACCGAUCGAUCUACGUUCCAGCCCUCACCUAUGGUCACGAGCUUUGGGUCAUGACCGAAAGGAUGAGAUCGUGGAUACAAGCGGCUGAGAUGAGUUUCCUCCGCAGGGUGGCUGGGCGCACCCUUAGAGAUAGGGUGAGGAGUUCGGUCAUCCGGGAGGAGCUCGGGGUGGAGCCCCCUGGACGCCUCCCUGGGGAGGUGUUCCGGGCAUGUCCUACCAGGAGGAGACCCCGGGGAAGACCCAGGACUCGCUGGAGAGAUUAUGUCUCGGUCUGGCCUGGGAACGCCUCGGGAUCCCCCCCGAAGAGCUGGAGGAGGUUUGUGCGGAUCGGGAAGUUUGGGCUUCCUUGCUCCGAAUGCUGCCUCCGCGACCCGACUCCGGAUAGGAGGCAGAAGAAGGUGAAGGUGAAGGUGGACUAUUUAUUAUUUUAAAUGCAGAAAAAAAUGUAUUGAAAAACUAAUAUACUGUAUCCCUAGUUGAAGAAUGAAUUCCCACUCAAAAAUGCUUCUUAGAUUUUCCACAAUUUAUUUUGAAAGUUUAAAACUGAAGCCACUUGAACACCCACUUGAGCUCCUUCCACUGACUUGAACAGAGUUGCAUUUAUUUAUUUUAACUACCCAGAGCUCCACCUCAAAAAUCCAUCCUGCUGACUGAAAACAUUUUAUUUUCUUUUUCCGCCUGGUCUUUGUUCAGGCUGUCGUCGUGUUUCACCGCUACAAAGCCGUCACUCACUCUGCGCGACGUCCUCAUUUCCACGUCCCCCGGAAUGAGCUUCACGCCGUUCCUGCUUAUCAACUCAGACUUGAAGAUACCAACAACACUGUUUCUAAAUUCUCCCCUAAUCCCUAAUCUAGAUGAAGAUGAUAAGAGCUCGACCCAAAUCUGCUUUUCAUUAGUGGAAGAGGUUUAACAACGGAAGACAAAGCGCUUAAUUCACGUUGACUCCGGUGGUGACAAUAGCAUGAGCCGUCACACAAAGCAAACAAUAACAUGUUUUGAGUGAGUGUUUUAUAUGAGUUAUUUCAAUAAAAAAAGGGGGGGUUGGGGUCAUACUUAACAUGAGGGAAGUCGUGCUGUCGCCAUACAAAUAAAGACUUUGUACCUUGUGACUCUUUUACUUUUUAUAUUUGUGUUUAAUAUAUCAAUGAGUACCUCUGUUCACUUUUGUACAAGACUAUAGUCACACACACACACACGCACACACACUCAGACACUCCUCCGCGAAGGAGCUGCAGUCUUAUAUCUGUGACAGCUAAAUGUUGUACAACUUUAAUUUUGUGUCAGAUGGACAACACCUCUUCCUUUUUGUAGUUAUUGGUAAUUGUUGAGAUUUUUUUUGUUUCCGGUGACAUUUGAUUUGGUUACUCUUGUACUACUUAAGCUCUGUAUUUGCAAGCACUGUAAAUGCGAUUCGGGUUGGACUCGUCCUCUGUACAUUUAAUACUCCAAUGUUGCUAUAAAUAAAAUGUGAAACAA